UGGAGAUGCACAGCUGCCUUCUGAAACGCCUGGUGCCCACACGUAGAGGGUUUUGAAGGAGUCUCCGAGGUGGAGAAGCACAGCUGGAGCUGCGUCGUGCUGUAUUGAAGAGGGUCUGAAGAUGGGUUACCAGAAGGCACAAGCUGAACGGCCAAUGGUCUACUGUCCACGUGUGAUGGGGAAGGUCUAGAGAGCACAGGGGCAUGGGGUGCUGGUAUCAGCCUGCUCUGUCCAUCGGAAGCAGCCAGUGGAUGUGAGUCUGUGGACACAGCUGGAGUGGAGCUGGUAGCCCUGACGUGCCUUGUGAGCACGGACGCUCCGGGACGCACAGAAGGCCAACGGAGACGCCAUAGAAACCAACCUGGACACGUGGGGUUCUGAGUACACAGAUUGACUGGAGUACUCCUUCUGCUGCCUUCAGAGCUGGCCAGAGCCCCACCUGAAAUGUUUUAGACUGACAUCCAAGUUGCAGAUCAGACUGUGACUAUGUGGGCAAGCUGCUGUAAUUGGUUUUGUCUGGAUGGCUCACCUGAAGAGAUGCAGCCUCAGCCGCAGCAGGGACCUGGAGCCCAAGCUUAUUCCAACCCCGGGUACAGCUCCUUCCCCUCUCCCACCGCCGCGGAGCAGAGCUGCAAAGCCUGCGGCCUGCGCUUCGACAGCUCCGCCAGGAAGCACAUCUGCUUGGACUGUAAGAAGAAUUUUUGUACGUCCUGCUCAAGCCAACCUGAGGGGGGUCCCCUCCUCUGCCAUCUCUGCCAGCGCUUCCGAGCCACAGCUUUUCAGCGGGAGGAGUUGAUAAAGAUGAAGGUGAAGGAUCUACGAGACUAUUUGGCACUCCAUGAGAUUUCCACAGAGUUGUGUCGUGAAAAGGAGGACCUGGUAUUUCUGAUUCUUGGCCGGCAGCCUGUAAUUACCCAGGAGGAUCAGAUAAGAACAAAUCCAUUUAAUACUAGUGCCUCUGGACAGCAAGACUUUGUGAUUCUCCCACCAACCAGCACAGCAUCUACCUCACAUGAUGCGUCUCCCGUGUCUGCAGAUCCCAUCUCAAGUUCCCUCGCUCAGGAACGCCAACAGGCAAACGGUUACGUGCCUCCGAGCCAAGUCGGUAUGACAGGAGAUGAGAAUGCAGCAGAAGCACCAACAGAGGAGGAGACACAGUCUAGUGACUCAGAAGACAACCUGGUGCCGGGGAGGAAGGCUUCUCUCUCUGAUAUCACGAGCAUCGGAGACAUCAAUGCGCUCUCUGUGCGACAGCUGAAGGAAAUCCUCGCUCGCAACUUUGUCAACUACAAAGGCUGCUGUGAAAAGUGGGAGCUGCUGGAGAGAGUGACCCGUCUUUAUAAAGAGAAAGACCUUCAACAUCUAGUUUCUGACACUGACGAUCAAACUGGUGGUGCUGGGCUCCCUGGCACGGAGGAAAACCUCUGCAAAAUCUGCAUGGACGCGCCCAUCGACUGCGUCCUGCUGGAGUGUGGCCACAUGGUCACCUGCACCAAGUGCGGGAAGCGGAUGAGCGAGUGUCCCAUCUGCAGGCAGUACGUCAUACGCGCCGUCCACGUCUUCAAGUCCUAAUUGUAAGGAAAACUGAUGCCUUAAAAAGCCUCAGCUGCUCUUAGAGGAACGGUCAGAAUUGCUACAAAUUAUUUUAGGUCAGAAAUUAGUACACGGACCCCAUUGGAAGCUGGGGGAAGGAUGAAGCCUGGGGAAAAUCCUUCUUACUCCAAGCCAUGCCCGGCUCUGCUCUUCCCACAUCGUGCUUUACACCACAGUGCCUGGACUCCCUGGAGCUUAUUUUGCCAGCAGCAGACACAGAAAUCUUUAACAACCUACGUUCUAGAAACACUUUAUCCACUGGUGUUGGGGACGGAUGGAUGCUUGGCUUUCCACCACAAGGAUAAGAUUCAGAGGCUUUGUAUUUUCCCCUCAAUAAUAAAAAUAUGUUGGACUGGGGUCUUAAAAAGUGACAUUUGUUUUGCUGCUUAGGCUUUACACACAGGAACAACUUUAUUUUCAAAGAUUAAAAUUUUCUUGUGCUUGUUAAUUUUUUUAUUUUUUUUUUGUUUUUUAAUUUAAUGUUAAAUUCUUAUGCUUGCAGGCCAGGCAGACUGCCUCCAAUUUCUGUGUUCAGAAUAAGCGUAAUUCUAGCCUAGUGCAAUUGUGGAAAAAUGUAUAGUUUUAUUUGGAGAUGGACUUCAUAUUAUUGAAAAACGUAAAGGGAGUGAGACUCUAUGAAACCCCCAGCCUUACCUUGUGGUGGUGGUUUUCUGUUUACACGCCAGCGAGAGGGAGAUUUCUAGUUUGACAGUUGUUGGUUCCUUUGCCUUCACAGGCUUCCUUACAGUAUGUGCCAGCAAUCCUUCUGAACCCAAACUGACUUCACUUGAUUAAAAAGCUAUGAAUUCUAAAGCUUGAAUCUUUUAGAGGGUUUACUGUGGAAAACAUAGAGCUAAGAGUAGUAAGGAUUCCAUUGCUCCACAAUCAUUUUUAAGUACAGGUGACUUCUUAGAGGGGAGACAGGAAAGAAAGCAAACUUUGUCUCCCUUGAAUCAACAAGGUGAGUGAUCGUUAUUGCAGGUGCUUGUGUUUACUAAUCAGCUUCCCCUUAUCCUCCCCUUUGCUCAGCUUUACAGUACUGUUACGUUCAGACUGCUUAUCAAAAGCAAUUUAUUCUGUACUCUUUCUGCUUGUGAAGGUGGAUAAGAAAUUCUGUGGUCCGAUACACGACAAUUGCAAGCCCUUAGAGCUUUCCUCAUCUGGAAACCUUGCUGGAGAAGACUGUAACGUGUAUUUUUCCCCCCCUGCAAUCAUUCAGUCCAUUGGGCUGGUAGCACAGAUAAGCUUCAGAAUCUUGAUGCCUUAAGUUUUCAGCCACCGUGGGAUUGUGUACUUCAUUUGUGAAGUUAAGUACCUUCUGCUGCAGGUUUUUUCCUGUCUAGUUUUCCCCUUUAUGGGGAAAACUUAGUGUUCAGACUGAAUCUCUGCCUGGCUGCCAGCAGAGGAACAGCAUAAAAACCCCGUGUUCACUUACAGCUUCUGGAGUAGUGGAAGUGCAGUUACAGAAAUGAACACCAAAGCCAUCUGCUUUUGCAGUAAGUGGUAAUGUAUGUUAACAGCACAUUCAGCUUCUGUAAUCUUUAACGUGGAACGGUGCAUGGGUAGCAGCUCUGCAGCUGGCACGGAGUGGAGGGUCUCUUCAGCACGUCGGAAUGAAAAAAGCAUUUAAGAUGAAGAAACCUGUCAGUCAGUGGCAGCAGAACCUCUGCCCUCUUGAGGUGGUCUCAGAACUCCACAAAAACACAACAGCUGCUGAGGUUUAUUGAUCUAAAUAUUCUGAGUUUUACCUCUUUCCCUGCCGGGGUUGUUCUCGAAUCCAGCACGAGAAGAGAACUGGUACAAGUCAAUGCACCAUGUUAAAAAAGAAAAAAAAAAUAAAUAUUGCAGGUAAGCAGUAACUGUAUUUACUCUUCAAGAGGUUCACUGGGACCUCUUUACGAGGUACAGGAAUACACACACCAAGUGUUGAACAGCCUCAUUUAGUAAAUUCACUGUGAAAAUUCAUGUUGUCAUGUUUUUCAAUAAACUCAGGGCUGGGGGAAUUUAGCAGGAAGAAGGUUAUUCCCCUGGGGACAGAUGGACUUUUACUUGUAGAGAGUAGGCUUAUUUUCUACAGCAGAUACAUCAGUUGCAGAUCAACACCUGAAACGUUAGGAAUGGGCAGAUGUACCACCACAGGGAUGGAAAUGUGCUUUUUGAAGGGAAGGCUCUCUUUUUUUUCCUUUUUCUCCUGACAACAGUGUUUCCCUUGCAAAAACUGAUUCUUUACUAUGGAUAUGAUUGUUUUUAAAGGAAAAUCAAAAUCUGGAGGAAACUGAUUAAUGAUCCAAAGGAAUAUAAUGAUCUGAACUAAUAAAGUAAAUGGAAAUAUUUAUGUGCUUUAUGUACACUGUACAUAGUUUAAGUAUUUUAAAAGUUAAUAUUCUACUUGAAAUGGCAUCUUAUUCUCUAUUAAAUCCUCUUGGUACUAUAAUGGUUAAACUUACUAGUUUUGGUACAGAAGUUUGGUUUAUAAUUUUAUAAUAAAGUCAAAAUGUGAUUUA